AUGGGCAUUCGAAUUAACGUGGCAGUUCAGAACAUCAACAUCGUACCAACCUAUUCUGACGUCACACCACAUUAUUUUUCUCCUGACGAAGACGAAGAGGAUGAUGAUGAAGAUGAUGAAGACAACGACGAUGGGGACGGUGAAGGCAAAUAUUCCAAUGGUGCAAAUGAUGGUAAUGGCAAGAACGAGAAAGGGAUGGCGAAACGGGAGAUCAGGAAAAAUUACUGCAGAACCAGUAGCAGCACAAAAUUUAAAACUCCAAUUGAAAACAACAAGAGGAACAGUAAAAGUUUCUGUUUUUACGCUCCAAAACAUGGAACUGUCUUCCUUUUUACCCGAAGAAUAUCGAGUCUUACAGGCAAAUUACGGCUCUUCGCGAGCCGCAUGCGGCCCGUGAAGAGCUAUUUUAUGCGGCCCUUUUUCGCCAAAAUAAGGUCGUCAGCCAGACAUUAUGACCAAAAAGAUGCUACAAAUCUUAAUAAAUUAGCUAUUCAUGUGCAUAUGCGGCUCUUCAAAGGUCAAAAAGUUCUCAAUACAGCCCUUUCAGUGAAAAGUUUGCCCACCCCCGUGUUAGUCAAUAGUUACGGUAGCGAAGCUCGAAUACAAAAAGAAACCCUCCCUGUCAAGUACAUGCAAUAUUGA